GCUCGGCCGGCAAGAUAAGCAUGCAGAAGAAGAAGAAAAGAAAAACACAUGUAGGAAGGGUGCUUCAUGUUUUCAUAUGCGAUCCACUGUGUGAAAUCUCCACUUUGAGGAAAAUCACCAUAUAUUAAUAGGAAACAUCGUAAGAUCCCCGUGAUGCAUCAGUCACGACAUCAUGAUCGUUAGGCGCUUCAGUUAAGAGUCAACCUCAUCCGAUUAACAUUUGCAUUAAAUAUAUCAAUACAGGCUGAUAUGAGCUGGAUUAUCUGAUCAUCUGAUGUAAAUAUGAAGCUCAAAGAGCUAGAGAGCUGCCUUCAGCAGGUGGAUGGAUUUGAGGAGCCCAAAAUACUCCUGGAGCAGUACCCCACCAGCCCUCAUAUAGCUGGCUGUAUGUUGUACACCAUCCACAACACAUUUGAUGACAUACAGAAUAAACUAGUUGCAGACCUGGGCUGUGGAUGUGGAGUGCUGUCUAUAGGUGCAGCCGUCCUUGAUGCUGGACUGUGUGUCGGAUUUGACAUCGACGAAGACGCCUUGGAUAUAUUCAAAGGAAAUGUUGAGGAAUUUGAAUUGUCAAACAUUGAUGUGGUCCAAUGUGACGUGUGCGCUAUUGGAUCCUCUUACGCCAAGAAGUUUGACACGGUCAUCAUGAACCCUCCAUUUGGCACGAAGCACAACCAGGGUAUUGACAUGCAGUUCCUGCGGACAGCGAUUUCCAUGGCAAGUACGGCAGUGUAUUCCCUUCACAAGACCUCAACACGAGAUCACAUUCAGAAGAAAGCAAAUGACUGGAAAGUGAAAAUGGAAGUCAUUGCAGAGCUCAGAUAUGACCUGCCAGCAUCUUAUAAGUUCCACAAAAAGAAGUCGGUUGAUAUUCAAGUGGACUUCAUUCGAUUCACUCCAACAUAAAGGUGUUGGACGGAAAAGGAGUUUGUGUUGCUUUGCAACAUUUUAGUAGGGUUUUUCACUGUUGUACAAAAAUAAAUUUUAUAAAUUAA